AAGUGAAAUAGGCAACUCAAAGAAGAUAUGGAGCUCUUCAUCUUCAUCUUCAUCUUCUUCCUCUGUUUCCCUAUCUUCAUCUUCUUCUUCCCCAAGAAUUCUUCUUCAGAAUUCGGUUUCAAGUCGUAUCCUCUCGUCGGAAGCUUACCUGGUUUAGUGAAUAACCGUCACCGUUUCCUCGACUGGACGGUGGAGACUCUGUCCCGAUGCCCAACACAGACGGCGACUUUCCAGCGGCCAGGGAAGCUAAAAUUCGUCAUGACGGCGAAUCCAGCUAACGUCGAGUACAUGCUCAAGACCAAAUUCGAUAGUUUCCCUAAAGGCGAGCGGUUCAUCUCGAUCCUUGAGGAUUUUCUCGGCCGCGGGAUUUUUAACUCCGACGGCGAGAUGUGGUUGAAACAGAGGAAGACGGCGAGCUCUGAAUUUAGUACUAAGUCUCUCCGUGACUUCGUUAUGAACAACGUCACCGUCGAAAUCAACAUUAGGCUUGUUCCGGUGUUAGAAGAAGGUGCGACCACCGGGAAAUUGAUUGAUCUUCAAGACAUAUUAGAGAGAUUCGCGUUUGAUAACAUAUGUAAAUUAGCCUUCAACGUUGAUACAGCUUGUCUGGGAGCCGACGGUGUCAGUUUCAUGCGUGCCUUUGAAACGGCGACGGAGAUCAUCUCGAAACGGUUUCAGUCUGUGGUUUCGUAUUCGUGGAAGAUCAAGAAGAAGCUCAACAUCGGAUCAGAGAGAGUUUUGAGAGAAUCGAUCGCGACCGUUCAUAAAUUCGCAGACGAGAUCGUGCGUCAGAGGAUUGAUCAAGGGAGAAGUACAAGUGACGACGAGAAGGAGGAUUUGCUUUCUAGAUUUAUCAGCGACGAGGAGAUGAAUUCACCGGAGAUGCUUCGUGACAUUGUCAUAAGCUUCAUCCUCGCGGGACGUGAAACCACUUCCUCUGCUUUGAGCUGGUUCUUUUGGUUACUCUCUACGCAUCCAGAGGUGGAACAUAAGAUUCUACAAGAGCUAAACUCGAUUCGUGAGCGAACAGGGAAGCGAGUCGGGGAGGUUUACGGGUUUGAAGAUCUUAAACUAAUGACUUAUCUGCACGCGGCGUUAACCGAGUCUCUAAGAUUGUAUCCGCCAGUGCCAGUGGAUACAAUGAGUUGUGCUGAGGACAAUGUGUUGCCUGAUGGAACAUUCGUAGGGAAAGAUUGGGGGAUAUCCUAUAACGCGUUUGUGAUGGGGAGGAUGGAGAGUAUUUGGGGGAAAGAUUGCGAUCGGUUUGAUCCCGAGAGGUGGAUUGAUGAAACAACGGGUGGUUUUAGAAGUGAGAGUCCUUACAAGUUUCCUGCGUUUCACGCGGGACCAAGGACGUGUUUAGGGAAAGAGAUGGCUUAUAUUCAGAUGAAAUCGAUAGUCGCUGCGGUUUUAGAGAGGUUUGUGGUUGAGAUACCGGGGAAGAAGGAGCGUCCUGAGAUUCUGUUGUCGGUGACACUUAGGAUCAGAGGAGGUUUGUUUGCGAGUGUACAAGAGAGGUCUUGAGUUACUUGUUGCAGAAGCAAUCUUUGGGUUUGGUCUACUCGUAUCUUAUUAUACUGUCCAUAUUUUUACUGUAAACAAACACGUUUUUUUAGUGGAUAAUCGAAAUACAAUCUCGGCGUGACGUA